AAAAUGUGGACUAUGGAGUAAAUAUCACCAGCUCUCCGGGUCAAAGACUUGAUGACAAUUAUGCUUAAUGUGCAUUUAUUUGGAUAAAUCGUUUGGUAACACAUCUAUGUAACGUGUGGUAGAUAUAAUAUCUUCUCUUUAAAUUAGGAACAAGCGCUUAAAAGGGUCGAAGUCGUUGUAUUUGAACUUGGUCUCGUGUCAUCAUGGUGUGACAAAUCGAGUAUGUUUAGUCUUGGACGAGUUGGUAUUUGACCUUUCUGUCUGGCUUCUAAGAAGUCAUUCCAUGUUACUUCUUUCAGUCUUUGGAGUUGCAUUCAAUUUAAACUACCAAGAUGACUACAAGGCAGAACAUUUUCAAAAAUAUUGGCGAGUCUUUUAGACGUUCACCCAGCAAAUUUAGUAGACAGUCGAGAGUUGCUGACAACGAUGAGGCGCGAAUACGAAAUCGCAGUGGCUCACAACUGGAUGUAAGUGACUUUCAUUCUGUUCUUGUUGGGUUGUGGUCAUCAUCAGAAUUGUCCACUCUUUUAGGAGAAAGAAAAUGAAAUUAUGAAAAGAAUUUCUAUUUAUUUGCGAUAAAGUACAAGAGUAUUAAUAAUAGACUACAAGAUUACCACAUAUAUAAAUGAAUAUAAUGAAAUUAUUACAUGUAAGACUAAUAUUUUCUGACACUAAUUCAUUUUGCAACAAUUUCAAAAGUUAUUUGUUUUUAUAUAUUUCGCAAGUUGAAUAUAAUAUCCAUUCGAAUUCUUAAAAUACUUCCUUGUUCAAUAUGGCAUAUAACGCUUAGUUUGUUACACAGUAGUUGUUAUGAGUUGUUAGUUACCUGGUUCUGUUAGUACCCACUUUAAAGCGCAUAAGUGGAUCACCUUUUUGAUAUAUUAUAGAUAAUUCUGAUAAUAUGAUACAUUAGAGAUCAUAUUUUAAUGUUUACAUUUCUUUAAGAGGGGGAAGUUGGUUUAUUUUGUUUGAGCAACUAAUGACAUCAAUGUAAAUAGCUUUGAUUGUUAAAGAUAAAUUUCAUUUAAUUAAUUUUGAUAUGGAAAACUGCCAAUAUUGUACACUAGUUACAGUGUAUAUUCCAUGUUAGGCAAGUGUAAUGUACAGUAUGCAAUAUAUGAAUAUUAAUACAUAUUGUGGUAGUGUUUUUCAAAUAUACCUGUGUGAUAGUCUAAUUGGCAGUUGAGUUAUGCAUAAUUAUCAAUACAAUAUUUUGAACUAAGAUCCUUUGUUUGAGGCAUUUAACCCAUUCAGUUGCAUCCCUAAUGCAACCUAUGUUAUUAUGUCACUCCGUCUAAUGCCAGAUUAACUGUCUAAUGCGUGACAAUCUUACAAGUCAAGGGGAGAUUCAGGGGUGAAGCUAUUACAGUAGCAACUGGUCAUGCUAUGUAAAUUUGGAUUAUAAUAUUAUUCAAACUUAUACAAAUCAUUGUCUUUAAACUAAUUUGGUAUAGGUUUAUUAGCAUAGCCUGACCAGACCAUGGCUAGCUUCACCACUGGAAGAUUGUUGCCACUCAAUCAGUUAAGGACAGUACCUUUGUGUGAAAUGAUGGUCUGUAGCAGUACUGUAUGUAGGUCAGGUAACUUUAAAAAAGGAUGCAAGAGAAUACAAUUACAGAUUUGAGUAUUGCUAUUGUUUGACAGCAGGUGGUAGGGAAUGAUCACCCCUGUGGAGUCUAAUGGAACCCUCAGAGCACAUAAGGCCCAGUUCUCAGUGGAAAUUGCAUUGCCCAAAUGAAGUGUGGUAUCACUUUAUAUGCCUUGUACGAGUUUGUUGGUCUGUUACUUUUGUUCGGAAUCAAAAGCUUUGGUAUUUAUUCAAAACUAAUAUGUCUUCAAAACUAAUUGUGCUUGUGGUGCACUUAUAAAUCAUCUGGCAUUAGACAGAGGAGAAUAAUAAAGUAAUGUGCAUCAGGGUGCAUAGCCAUUUAAAGAAUUAACAGGAUGAAUGGCCUGAUAUACUGAUGACCAAUUUAGUGGCAAUACUCUCCUCAUGACAAGUAAAAUUUCCUGGUGUUAGAUGACAAGGAGAACGUGAUGGAUGGAAAUAAAGUGGGGUGCAUCAGGGAGCAUUGCCACUUAAAGGGAUAAUUACCAAAAAAUUACUCAAAAAGUAAUUAGUAACUACUACUUAACAUGUUGCUUUAACGUAACAUGUAGGAGCCUGGGAAAUGUCCCUUCUACCAUCGUCUAAUGACCCCUUGACUUACCUUAGUGUAUCACCACUUCUCUGUGUCUGGUGAGUAAAAUCUCCUCGCUUUAGCCAGAGAGUAAAAUACUAAAGUUUUGAGAUCUUACUCCACUUAUCUUAGACAUUGUACAUAUUGUGUUGUUUUUCUUUAAGGAAGCAGAACAACAGCGAAUUAUGAUUGGAAACCUUGUCAAGGUAUUGUAAGAAAUGUUUCUCA